AUGGAGGAGGAUGGGGAGCAGAAGGGGGACCAGGGUGGGGAGCGGGAGGAGAACGAGGAGGAAGAGGAGGAGGAGGAGAUAGAGGAGACGGAGAAGGAGGAGGAGAUGGAGGAGGACGAGGAGGAGAAGGGGGAAGAGGAGGGGCGGGAGGAGAACGAGGAGGAGACGGAGAAAGAGGAGGAGACGGAGAAAGAGGAGGAGAAGGAGGAAGAGGAGGAGGAUGGGGAGCAGAAUGGGGACCAGGGUGGGGAGCAGGAUGGGGAGCAGGAGGACGAGGAGGAGACGGAGAAAGAGGAGGAGGAGAAGGAUGGGGAGCAGGAUGGGGACCAGGGUGGGGAGCAGGAGGACGAGGAGGAGACGGAGAAAGAGGAGGAGAUGGAGGAGGACGAGGAGGAAGAGGCGGAGGAGGAUGGGGAGCAGAAUGGGGACCAGGGAGCACCGUCAAGCAAAGAAACUAACAAUAAAAGCUCUGUUGAUAAAAACCCCACUCCAUAG